AUGCAAUUACAAGCACCUGUCACUCAUCAUGGGUUGGAGAAAGUGAACAUAAGCAUGUUUAGCAGAAAGGUAGAUAUUGAUCGAGCAAUCCUGGAUGGUAAUGGAGACAUUGAUGCUAAUUUUCCUGAUGGAAGAGAAAGAUUGAAUUUAGACUGUGUUGGUAGGGUUCCAUUGAUCCCCGAAGAUUCUAUCACUCAAGGUGAAACAAAUUUGCUCUUUCAUAGUUCACCCAUUGGAGGCAGGGCAAUGACUAUGACACGUGCUGGUAAAGAAGUAAUGUGUUCAGGAGAUUUGGUGGAAUUUAUCGAGGAAAUUCUUCCAAACCUGAAGGGAAUGAAAAAGAUGCUCGCAGCUUCGAAGAAAGACCACCAAGAGGUUCAAGAAUUCGUCUCUUUAGUUGAAGAUCUCAUGCAAAGGGCGAAAGAUACUUCGAUCAAAAAUGCAUCAAGAGUUGCUACAUGGACUUAUUGGCAAGCGAAAAUCGAUGAAGAGAGAGCAGAAAAGGGAACCAUCGUCACAAAGAAGCAAGCAGCUAUUGAUGAGUCCACACGAAGUCUUGCGGAAUACAUUCCUCAGGCACUUGCUGAAAUGGGCGUUAUCUCGCAAGAAGAUUUGGACGAGAUUUUGAACGAUAUUUAG